AAGAGAAAACGAAAGAGGAACAGGCAAAAUACAUCGUAACAUAGGAGGAAGAAAAUGCCACUGUCUUUCUUUUAACGUUUAAUGCCAGCUAAGUUACAAUAGACGAUCACGACCAAAGAACAUUAAGUAGGCAACACAUCACCUGUGUGUCUGAAGACCGAUUUUGAAUCGUCUUGUGAUCGUGUUAAGAAGGGGCACACUCCUGAACGUCCAUAAUUUUUUACGGAGAUCCAUAACGCCUGGAUUCAUUAAUUUAGAGAAUGCUCAUGCUUGCGUAUCUGCUGUCAUGCUUGACAGUCGUCAAUGCAGGUUCUCACUCACUGAUGGCUUUGGUAACAUAUAUAGUUGGACAGACACCAUUUCCAGAGUUCAGUGCUGUGCUGAUGUUGGAUGAUCUGCAAAUAAUGUAUUAUGACUCAAUCACAUGGAAAGCUGUCUAUCGCACUAACAGUGAUUCAAAAUACUAUGAUGAAGAGCAAAGUGAUGCUGGUUUUAUAUUUCAAGACAUGUAUAAUGACAUGAAAAGUUUUUCUGUUAAACACUUAAAUAUCACAGAUGCUGUACAUGUUCUUCAGAGUCUUGCUGGAUGUGAACUGUUGAAUGAUGAUAAACCAGGUCCACUUCAUUUGUGGGAUGCUUUGGAUAGACAAAAUAUGAUGGAGUUCACAUAUGACCUGGAAAAAAACGAUAUCCAGAUGAAAAAGACAUGGAUACCUUGGAACCAAGUGAAACAGCUUAAAUUCAAGUUUAUACAUGAAAAGGUUUAUCAUCCUAUUUGCAUUAAAGUUUUGCGGAGGUACCUGAAUAUGGAAAAGAACAAUGUGAUGAGAAAAGUGAAACCCAGAGUCAGACUCAUGAGGAAGACACUCACAGACUCUCAAGGGCUUCAGAUCAGCUGUCUGGCCACUGGUUUUUACCCCCGUCACAUUAACCUGACUCUGUUCAGAGAUGGUCAGCCUGUGGAUGAUGAUCAGAUCACAGGAGGAGAGAUUCUUCCCAACGGAGACGGAACUUACCAGAUGAGGAAGAGUUUGGUGAUCAGCGCAGAAGAACUACAUGAAAAACAUAAAUACAACUGUACAAUGAAGCACCUCAAUCUGGACAACAAACUGGACAUUACGUUUGAUGUGGCUGAAUGUGACCCAGGAUCCCUCAGUCUGUCUGUAGUUAUCAGUGUGCUGGUGUUACUGUGUGUGGCUGUUCUCAUCAUAACUGCACUCAUCAUCUGGAGGAGGAAGAGACGAGCUGCUGGACGAGGACCUGGGACGUUCGCGGGGCCCCUUCCUGGAGAUUUGCUUAGGGCGCCCAAUAACCUAAACACCACCUUGCUUACUUCAACACAACAUACAAGGAAGUGAACUAGAGUGCCCUCUAGUGCACAGAAACAUUAAAGGGUUAGUUCACCCAAAAAUGAAAAUUCUGUCAUUAAUUACUCACCCUCAUUCGUUCAUCUUCAGAAAAAUUUUUUAAGAUAUUUUUCAUAAAAUCCGAUGGCUCAGUGAGGCCUGCAUUGCCAGCAAGACAAUUAACACUUUCAAUGCCCAAAAAGCUACUAAAGGCAUAUUUAAAACAGUUCAUGUGACAGUGUUUCAACCUUAGUGUUAUGAAGCGACGAGAAAACAAAAUAAUGACUAUUCAACAAUAUCUAGUGAUGAGCGAUCUCAAAACACUGCUUUAUGAAGCUUUGAAGCCUUAUGAAUCUUUUGUUUCGAAUCAGUGUUACGGAGCACGUAUCAAACAAUCCAGCAAUCCCAGUGUUGUUUUUGGACGUAUGAGUGAGCAUAAGAGUCUUCAUCUUCUCACAGCAUCUGAGCCACUGAGGAUGCAGUGGAUUAGUUUUAUUUUUGAAGGGAAUGUGCCCCCAUAUACUUAAAUUUGUUUAUGUCUGUGCAAAUUAGACUGCUUUGUGAAUGGAUGUCAAUACAAAGGGACAAUAAAAAACACAGUUUUUGCUAAAAAGUUGUUAGUCAAGGAUUGUUACUUUGCUAAAAACUGUUUGUGAUCCAGCUUACAGUCUCCAGAGCGAUACUGGAUACGGCAGCGAUGAAGGGAGAGCACGCACUUUAUUACAGUUCAUCGGAGAUGUUAAACGGAUAUAAAACUUGCUGCAAUUAAUUUUAAAACGGGUAACACUUUACAGUAAGGUUCAUUAUUUAACAUUAGUUAACUAUAUUAGUUAAAAUGAACUAAUAACUGCACUUAUACAGCAUUUAUUAAUCUUUGUUAAUGUUAAUUUCAACAUUUACUAAUACAUUAUUAAAAUCUUGUUAACAUUAGUUAAUGCACUGUGAAUGAACAUAAACAAUGAACAGCUGUAUUUUUUGCUUUAACUAACUUUAACGAAGAUUAGUAAAUAUAGUAACAAAUGUAUUGCUCAUAGUUACUUCAUGUUAGUUAAUACAUUAAUGUUUAACUAAUGAACCUUACUGUAAAGUGUUACCACAAAACGUACUGUAUGAUGGAGAAAACGCUGUAGGCUAUUACUGUUACUAAAAAUAAAGCUGCAUUUGAUUAUAAUAUGUUAGCUACUUGACAAAAUAGUGUUUUUUUCUGAGGCAUGGUAAAAGCAUGGUACUCGCAGAAAAUCAAGAAAACGAGAUUCAAAAAAUAUAAACGUGUUGAGCUAUAUAACAAUAAUUUGUUUUCUGUCUAUAAAUGUAACCAAACAGUUGCUCAUCUUUCUAAUAAAACAUGUAAUAUAUUAAA